AGUUCUCUUUCCAUUCUACUCUCUAGUUCUUAGUCAAGUAAGAUUUUCUCAAGGGAAAGAAAAAUGGAAGAAAGACAUGAGCGACUGAAUCAACAGUUCACUGAGCUUGAAAAGGAAUGGGCGGCCAUGAAAACAAGCAAAGGCUCAUCUGCAGUUUCGCGUAUCACUACUGAAGAAGCUCUGGAGUUUGUGGAAUACUCUCCAAGAGAGCUGAUGCUCUCUCUCCAACACGACCAGGCUUGUCCAGAGGCAGAGAUGAGAUCACCAUGUAGGAGAAAACUCUUUCACGACUCUGAUGAUGAUAGUGAUAAUGAGGCCAAGAUGACACCGUUGUCUCAUUCGACUUGUUGGUCUUCGAAUGUGAUGAGAGUGGGAGAUACUAAUAACAAGAAGGAGAUGAAGAAGAAGAAUAAAAGAGGAAUGAUUGUGUGUGUUGUUAGUAUGGUUGUUAUUUUGUUAAUGUCCAUGUUUUUGGCUGUUUUGAUGGAUGGUUUUGAGUUUGACCAUAGGCAGAUUAAUACUUUGGUUCCUACUUGAUUUUUUGUUUUGUUU